AUGGUGACAAUAAUACCAGUUUACGUGAUUCUUUUUUCGUUUAUUGCCGGUGGAUACAACUGCAAGGUGGUUCAGUUCAUCUUUGGGGAUUCUCUUUCAGAUGUUGGUAAUAACAUUUAUCUAUCCAAGAGUCUUGCUCAAGCUAAUCUUCCAUGGUACGGUAUUGAUUUUGGGAAUGGCUUGCCUAACGGUAGGUUCUCUAACGGGCGAACUGUGGCUGAUAUCAUAGGCGAUAGAAUGGGACUCCCGAGGCCUCUUGCUUUUCUUGAUCCGUCUUUAAACGAGGACCUCAUACUUGAAAAUGGAGUGAAUUACGCGUCUGGUGGAGGCGGCAUUUUGAACGAAACAGGAUCGUACUUUGUCCAGAGAUUUGGCUUGUACAAGCAGAUAGAGCUAUUUCAGGGCACUCAAAGUUUGAUAAGGGCCAAAAUUGGAGAAAGUGAGGCUGAAAAGUUUUUCAAUGGAGCUCGAUAUGUGGUGGCACUUGGUAGCAAUGAUUUCAUCAACAAUUACCUAAUGCCCGUGUACAAAGACUCGUGGGCUUACUCUGACGAUGGUUUUGUCGAUUAUCUUAUGGAUACUCUCGAGGGCCAACUCAAACUGCUGCAUAGCUUAGGCGCUCGGGAGCUGAUGGUAUUCGGGCUGGGCCCAAUGGGUUGCAUCCCGCUCCAAAGAGUGUUGAGUUCGUCAGGCGAAUGCCAGGUCAGGACGAACAACUUGGCCUUAAGUUUCAACAAUGCAUCUAGCCGACUCGUGAGUCGACUGUCGAGCACUCUCCCAAACGCGACCUUUAGGUUUGGAGAUGCGUACGAUGUUGUCAACGAGUUGAUCACGAAUCCAAACCAAUAUGGAUUUAGUAAUGCUGAUUCGCCAUGUUGCUCGUAUGGGAUUAUUAGGCCGGCUCUAACGUGCACGCCUGCAUCAACACUGUGUAGAGACAGAAGUAAGUACGUGUUUUGGGACGAAUAUCAUCCUUCGGAUAGCGCUAAUCAGCUUAUCGCUAACGAGCUUAUCCAGAAGUUUGGAUUCGGGCCCGUCAACCAAACAGGGCCUACUUCCCCUUCACCUUCCAUGGCUCCAUCGACUGACGGAAGUUAA